AGCGAGCGCCAUAAGAUGAAGGUGAAGAUUAAAAGCUGGACUGCAGUGGCAACAUGGCGUUGGGUGGCAAAUGAUGAAAACUGUGGCAUAUGUAGGAUGGCCUUUGAUGGCUGCUGCCCUGACUGCAAGCUCCCUGGAGAUGACUGCCCUCUUGUGUGGGGCCAAUGUUCUCACUGCUUCCACAUCCAUUGUAUAGUCAAGUGGCUCAAUUCCCAACAGGUGCACCAGCUCUGUCCAAUGUGUAGACAGGAGUGGAAGUUCAAGGAGUGAUGCACACAGCUAGGAGUUGGCUGAGCUCUUACACACACAUCAUAGACAUACUCAUUCUGCUGGAGGUUCUCCAAAGACAGGUUGUGAUAAUGAUGCUGGUUCCAGAAUGAUGGAUGUAUGUUGGAUCAAGAUGAGUUGUAUAGCACCAGUGUGACAUUAAGUGUUGAAGGGAUGGAAAUUGUUGUCUUUUCCACUUUGCUUGUACAUAAAUUAAUAGUAGUAACUGGUUAUUUUAUAAUAAAGAUUUGUGUAACUAACUGCUGGAUGGAUGACAUAAGGAGCAUCAGUGGAGCGUCUACCUAAGCAUCAGAGAAGCAUCAUCUGACUGUGUGUAAGAAUCAGUGAGGCAUCCAACUGACCUUGUGUAGGCAUUAGUGAAGCAUCCAUCUGUACAUGUGUAAGCAUCUGUGAACCAUCAUCUGACUGUAAACAUCAGUGACGCAUCCAUCUGACCAUGCGUAAGCAUCAUCUGAUCAUGUGUAAGCAUCAUCUGAUCAUGUGUAAGCAUCAGCUGACCGUGUGUAAACAUCAGGGAAGCAUCAUCUGACUAUGUGCAAGCAUCAUCUGACUAUGUGUAAGCAUCAGGGAAGCAUCAUCUGACUAUGUGCAAGGAUCAUCUGACUAUGUGCAAGCAUCAUCUGACUGUGUAAACAUCAGUGAAGCAUCCGUCUGACCAUGUGUAAGCAUCAGCUGAUCAGCUGACUGCGUGUAAGCAUCAGUGAAGCAUCCGUCUGACCAUGUGUAAGCAUCAGCUGAUCAGCUGACUGCAUGUAAGCAUCAGCUGACUGCGUGUAAGCAUCAGAGAAGCAUCUAUCUGACCAUGUGUAAGCAUUAGCUGACUGUGUAAGCAUCAGAGAAGCAUCCAACUGACCAUGUGUAAGCAUCAGCUGACUGCGUGUAAGCAUCAGAGAAGCAUCUAUCUGACCAUGUGUAAGCAUCAGCUGACUGCGUGUAAGCAUCAGAGAAGCAUCCAACUGACCAUGUGUAAGCAUCAGCUGACUGCGUGUAAGCAUCAGUGAUGCAUCCAUCUGCAGAGCUGUCAACCUAAAAUGUUUGUAGGAAUUGAGAUUCCUGUUUAAGCUGGGGUCCAGGGCGGCGAAACCCCCCAGGAAAAAUUGUGUUUUUAAGUUUUAGAUUUAGACACCUUAGAUUCAUUGUUAAGCCAGCAUUUCUGUUUUCUGUAAUAAACUAAAACAAAGAAUUAAAUUACAUUGUUUUCCAGA